AUGUCCAGCGCCAUCGCCCAGAAUGACCCGUCCGUCCUCCGACCGCGCACUGUUCCCAUUCAGCCCGACACAAAGGCCGAUGCGACUCUCACGCCUCCUAUACUGGACAGACUGAGCUCAGACACAAGCGGCCGCUCAACCCCCAUCCCUGAAGAUGCGCCCCCCUCGGCGCAAUCGAUUGUGGUUGCGCGCAAGCAAGUACGCGCGCGGAAUCGCCUGUUCUAUACCAUUGACUAUGUCCCUCGAGUAUCCCAUUUCGACCCCGACAGCGACCACCACGAUUUCCGGGGGUUCUUUACCUUGUUCUGGAUCAGCUUGGUGAUUAUGGUGGUUACGACUGUGCUACGCAAUAUCAAAGAUACUGGAUACCCGUUGCGAGUGCGAGUUUGGAGCCUGUUAUCGGCCAAUGUGUGGGAACUGGGCCUGAGCGAUUUAGCCAUGGUGGCUAGCUCGGCACUUGUCCUCCCCAUGCAUAAGCUCUACCGCAGCGGGCCGAGGUGGCUGCGGUGGGCACGUGGAGGAGUGGUCCUCCAAAGUGUUGGAGAGGCGCUGUGGCUAGCAGUGUGGAUCAACUGGCCGUUUAUGCGCCUAUGGACUUGGACAGCCCAAGUGUUCUUCACCCUCCACCUCUUGACGAUCCUUAUGAAAUUGCACUCAUACGCCUUUUAUAAUGGCCAUCUUAGCGAGAUGGAGCGACGCCUCGCCGCUCUCGACAAGCCAGGCCCCAUUGAGCCGACCUCCCCGGCCGCAAUCCGGUAUCCGGAGCCAUACCGCCGCCGCCCGUCCAUGAAGCUCCAGCAUGACGAGGACGAUUCCACCGAGCCGCUGGUCCGCUUGCGUGAAGACCUGGCCACAGAGUUGACCUCGCCUCUGGGCAACAUCUCCUACCCGCAGAACCUGAGCUUGGGGAACUACGCCGACUUCCUCUGCUGUCCGACUCUGUGCUACGAGCUAGAGUACCCCCGCCGACCUGACCGUCGCUGGGAUGAGAUCGCAUGGAAGACUCUAGCCGUCUUUGGAUGUAUAUUUUUGCUUACAUUGACGAGCGAGGAAUUCAUCGUACCUGUCUUGAGCGAGGCACACCUUCAAUUAGAGGCUCUCGACAGUGUGACCGAUAAGGCGCUCAUCUUGGCCGAGACCAUCAGCAUGCUGCUAUUCCCCUUCAUGGUGACAUUCCUGCUAGUCUUCCUGGUGAUCUUCGAGUACGUGCUGGGUGCGUUCGCAGAACUAACCCGGUUUGCGGACCGGCACUUUUACUCUGACUGGUGGAACUCGUGCGACUGGCUCGAGUUCUCGCGAGAGUGGAACGCCCCCGUUCACCACUUCCUAUUCCGCCACGUCUACUUCCCCUCCCGCUCGCGGUUUUCCCAGCCUGUGGCCAUGUUUAUCACUUUCCUGGUCAGCUCGAUUUUCCACGAGGUAGUCAUGAGCUGCAUCACCAAGAAAUUGCGCGGCUAUGGCUUUGGAGCUAUGAUGCUUCAGCUGCCGAUUGUGGCUGUCCAGAAGUCACGUUUCUUCAAAGGUCGAACGACCCUUAACAAUGUCUUUUUCUGGUGUUCGAUGAUCCUGGGUCUCUCGAUGAUGUGCGUCUUUUACGUCCUAGUCUGA